CUGCCGGAAACUACGCGUCUCGAGCGUUCCCCUUCGGACGGACGGACGGCAAACCGGAAAACUGCGGGUCGGAGGAACGGCCGGAGCUUCCGUCAAGAGAGACGGGAAGGAGGCCCGGACGGUCCAAUUAAAGGGAUAAUGGGGUCCAAGGUCGGGCCGCGGACGGCCGUCACAAGGGUGGAAAUGGCGACCGGCGUCUAUCGGCAUCUGAGGCUGGUCUACUCUCUGCUGGCGCUGCUGGGCGCCGUCCUGGCCCUGGACUUCUACCUGACGCUGCGCUGGGCGGGGGAAGGGCCCGCCCGAGAAGGAGGCUUUCGCCCUCCCCCUCCGGAAGGGGAGGCGCCGGCCCGCCGGACCAAGAGAAACGGACGACAGUACGUCACCGAGGAGAACGAGCCCAGCGUGGAAUUCUUCCCCAAGCCGCAGCCCACCGACGAGGCCGACGGAUACGUCUGGCUGACCUCUUACUCCAGGAUCCCGCUGGCCGUUCUUCAAGAGUUCUGCUUCUCCACCAAGGAGUUCUGUCCUCCGGGAGAUCCCGGACCUCCGGGCAUCGCGGGAACGCCGGGUCGAGUGGGAGAGAAGGGCGACCGAGGAGACAGAGGACUUCCCGGAGACCCCGGACCCCGAGGAAUGGCCGGACAGCCGGGCGGACCCGGGCCCCUGGGGCCCAAAGGAGAACCGGGAAUUCCGGGCACCCCGGGUCUGGACGGGAGGGACGGACUUCCGGGAGUGCCCGGUCUGGACGGAGUGCCGGGAAGAGACGGAGUGGACGGAAUUCCCGGCAGAGACGGCAUUCCGGGAAUACCCGGCACCCCGGGGAGACCCGGACUCAACGGCACCAACGGAAUCCCCGGCUCUCCCGGACCCAGAGGACCGGUCGGACCGGCCGGACCCACAGGACUUCCCGGAGCCAGAGGACGGAAGGGUGUUCCCGGAAAAGCCGGAACCCCGGGGGUACCCGGAAUCAAGGCCUGGACCGUUAACGGCACGGAAGCCACCAAAUUGCUGGUUCCUCCGUCCAUCGUGGACGUGCAGCAGCAGACCACCGUCAGCGUCCAGGAGGGAGAAAACGUUGCGCUGAAAUGUUCGGCCACCGGAAUUCCCGUCCCCGGUUACUCGUGGCGAGUGACCAACAACUCCACCAUCGCUCUGGACUCUUGGAGACUGUCGUCGGUGGAGGGAAAUCGCCUCAACUUGACUCGUGUCAACCGAGACCAGAUGGGCACUUACGUCUGCAUCGCCUCUAACGGAGUUCCUCCUCCCGCCUACAAAGAAAUCAAACUGGAAAUAAACUUUCCUCCUCUGAUCAAGAUUCAGAAUCAAAUGGUAGGAACCAGAAACGGAAGUUACGCCGUCUUAGAAUGUUACGUGGAGGCUUAUCCCACCGGCGUCAACUAUUGGUUGUACGGAGAAAGCAGGCUGCUGAACCCCAACUGGAAGUACAAAAUAAGCCACAAGGAAGAGGGUUAUCGCACCACCAUGACCCUCAACGUCACCUACAUCGAACCUUCCGAUUACGGACUUUACAAAUGCGUCAGCAAAAACUACAAGGGGAAGACGCACGGCGUUUUCACCGUCUUCGAAAUCGACCCGUCCAUCCCCACCAGGAAGCCGCCGAAAGAACCCACUUUCAUCGUCUACGGACAAGCUCCGCCUCCCCCCGCCGUGGAAACCGAAUGUCUUCCCUGUCCGCAGUGUCCCAUCACCCACAGCUGUCCGUCGCCGGAUCAAGCGGGGCACCCCGAUCCCGGACACGUGAUCAACGUGGGACCCGUCAACGAGACUCUGUGGAGGUCGCUGCCAGCUCGGACCGAAGACUGCAUCUUGAGCCAAGUGGGAAAACCCGUGUUCUUCCGCUCGACCAAAAUAGAAUACGGAACUUGGAUGCAAGACACGUCGCCUCUGUACACGGAACAGAACGAAAAGUUUUGGGUGACUUUGGACAACGAGAAAACGUCUCUGUACGAGUACGACCGGAAGGACGACGCCAAGAAAGACGGAUACAGCCGAAAAUAUUCGCUGCCCUACGCUUUCACGGGCAGCGGCCACGUCAUCUACAACGGGUCUUUCUAUUAUCAGCAGGAGGGCACCAACAAGAUCGUGCGUUUCGAGAUGGCCACGGAGACCACGGGAGCCCUGGUCAUUCCCGACGCCCCCUACCGCGACUCUCGCUAUCUGUACAACACGCGCUACAACUACGUGGACCUGGCGGCGGACGAAAACGGACUGUGGAUCGUCUACGCCAAUCCCGUAAACAACAACACCAUGGUCAUGAAGUUCCAUCCUUAUAAACUUCAGACGGAAUUCGUAUGGAAUCUGACUCUCAAUCACAGGAACGUGGGCGAGAUGUUCGUGGUGUGCGGCGUGCUAUACGUGGUGCAGAGCGUGACCGAGCGAAACACCAGAAUAUCGUCCGCUUUCGAUCUGUAUAAAAACAGAUCGGUGGAAGUGAAUCUGGAUUUUACCAAUCCCUUUCGUCAGAACAUCAUGAUUUCCUACAACCCUAACAGCGAGGUCAUUUACACGUGGGACAAAGGAAAUCAGCUGAUCUAUCCUCUGAGGUUCGUUCCCAGAGGAGACGAAGAAGACAACUGACCUUCCCCGUCAUUUUCUUUUUUUAUUUUUACCGAUUUGGGCAUGGCUUAAUAAAAAUUGUUUUUAAUUUUUUAAAUCGCUUUCGUCCGUCCAAAUCCUAUUUUUACGUUUUUCUUCUACACGGUAAUAUCGGUUUCUUCUGUCUUUUCGAGCUCUUUCCGUCGGCGGGCACCCAUGCGGCGUUUGUAAUAACCUACGAAAUUUUCCCAAGGAUCGUCCACCAAAAAUACGUCGACGUCGAUUGUGCCGCUGCUCCGGUGGCGAGUGGCCAAUUUGAAUUGGGUGCAAUGAAUCUGUUUACUGUGAUCUAAUCUAUGUUUAUUAAACGGUACAAAUAUUUAAAUGAUUGAAUCUUACAGGCAAUGGAGGCAUCUAAUCCGUGCCCGGGAAGUUUUUGUGCGCAAUUCGUCCCUAAUAUGUCGGGCGCAAUUUUUCAUCGCGCGCCUGGCCGUGGUAGAUCCUGUGCGCGUGGGGAAAGAGGCCCUCUCGGUGACCAUAGGACGAAAAGUUUAAAUAAGGUCGUACAAUCUAAUGCAUUGAUGAUAUAUUAAGAUAGGAUAUCUGUAAAUGGAAUAUUGUACUUUUAAAAUGAACGAUUAGAAUUGUUUUUAACUCCACCCUGCGGGCACUAAGAGAGCCUCUUUUUAGCCUAGCCAGCCCGUUAUAGAUUCGACCAGGCCCGCAAUGGGGCGGGAUCCGACGUAUCCGGACGGACCAACCCCGAAAAAUUCCUGGAGAUUUUUCUACCCGUUCGCAUCCGAUCCCGGAUC